GUGAAAUAUUACAGAGUCUCUACGUCACUGUUUCUCGAUGGGAGACCUCGACGCUGAAUUGGCUCUGGCAUCUCUUCUUCCACCCCACUUUGGUCGCGAAGAGCAACGAGGGUUGUGCGACCUAUCAAUUACAUACAAUUGCUGGUUUUACUUUGAAAGCGAAAUCUCCUCGCUUGUCACGGAGCAGCCUAAUCCACCUCCAAAAAAGAAGAAGGUCAAACAUGCCACUGAGAAUGGCACGAAGGAGACCAAAACCACUGCCAGUGCCGUGAUUGGCACUGCCUCUCCUUCCGUGACAGUAGCACCGAGCUUGCCAGGUAUAGGGACUGCUCCGACAUUGUUACCCACUCUGCAAACUCCACCUGUCAUGACACCGUUUCUGCAUCGUGUUGGAACUCUCGGUGGAGUCCCUAUGAUGCCUCCACCUGUUCCGCCUCCAAUCUUUGUCCCCACUCAAGCGAUUCGACAGACAAUGCUUCCAAUGCCAAUGCCAAACUUCUUCAUGCCUCACCAGCUUCGCCAACCACCUAGACCAUCAGCUACAAUAGAGAGUGGCCCUAAGAUAUAUAGUGCGGAAGUUGCUUCGACGAAUCCAACGGCUGGCUGUGGUGCUCCGAUCACCUUUGCACUUGCUUCGGACAUUGAAGCUAUGGAAAAGAAGAAUGAACAUUCCCAUCCCCCUACGAGGCACAGGGACCCAAAAACAAACAAACCAAAAAAGUAUCUUAGGGCUGGUGGUGGCCAGGUGUGGGAAGACCCUUCUCUUGCUGAAUGGGACAAGAAUGAUUUCAGAAUUUUCUGUGGAGAUCUAGGUAACGAGGUCUCCGAUGAAUUACUUGCGAAGGCUUUUCGGAAGUACCCUAGCUUCCGUAAAGCGAAGGUUGUGCGUGACUCGCGAUCGAAUAAAAGCAAAGGGUAUGGUUUCGUGUCAUUUGGAGAAUCAGAUGAUUACGUCCGAGCAAUGAGAGAAAUGGACGGAAAGUACGUAGGAAAUCGUCCUAUAAAGCUCAGAAAGUCAAAUUGGAAAGACCGCAACUUCGAAGUAGUCAAAAAGAAACAGAAGCAAAAGGCUAAGCUUGGGUUAUGGAGCUGAAAAGAUGACAUUAUACAGGUUUACUAACACUAACAGAGUGAAAUAUUUUUUGUUAUUCUCUGUUGUAUUUUCUAAUCAUCACAUUCUAAAUGAUUGGGAACCAUUUGACUUGAAGUAAGCUUCUUUGAUAGAACUUUCUACUGUAGCAAUUAUGACUGUUAAAUCAGCAACACAUUCUGUCCGUACUCUAUUGUGAGUUUCUGUGUUGUAUCAGCUCCAAUCAUUCUGUUUUAUUUUCCAUCUCUAAUCAUUGUUGUACAUAAACGUUCC